AUGGAUCCACCAGUGCGUCUGCCCCUCAUGGCGCAUCGCGCCAGUGCUUUUCUGGGCGACAAAUUUUCAACAGACCACGUUUUCUCCCCUCUUCAUACUGGCGAGCCCCAUGUCCUGAAGGUGCAACGACUGCACAACUAUCUCACAAGUGCGAACGAAGCCGCCGAAAUGCGCCUCUCAACAAAUCUCCGUUCUUUGGCUGCUUGCAGUCUUGUAGCCAGCGCAGUAGCAUCCAUACCCCAGCGCGACACCGACUGGGCGAGCAUCCGGUGUCCUCAAGACUCCAAGUCCACCUUGCCCACGCCAACAUACGGAGACACCGACGCGGUCUUCACAGUAUGCACCGAGCAGCUCAUCGACGCCCCACUCGGGCUCGUGUACGACGCCCUGAUCGACUACGGCUCUUAUCACCUCUGGAACAGCUUUGUUGUCGACGUGGAGCUGUCCCCCGGCGUGAAGACGCCUGAGGAUGUGUACGUUGAUAUGCCGAUGACCCUCGUUACUUGCGGCAUUAUCCCCCUCGUCAACACCACAAGCGACGAGGUUGUGACGGUGCUUGAUAAGAACCUGCCUACCUGGAGGAGCAAUGUCACUGUGCUCGGGGCACUUAUCGUUGCAGAGCACCCUAAUGUCCUGGUGGACGAGGGCGGUGGUGUCACAAGAUACGUGUCGUACGAGACGUACUACAAGAACCCGCUUAUCGUUUCGCUGCUGGCUGCGAGGCCGACACUGCAGAGGCUGUUUGGGCAGCAGGGGAAAGACCUCAAGGCGUACGUUGAAAGUCUGGUUUAA